AUGGAACUGUCACAAGCUGCCGCGCGGGCGCUGACGCGCUGUCGUCCACUAUCGCUAUACUCGUCGCCGCUAUACCGCACCCAACUCUCGCCCUUCGCCAUCCGCUCCUUCACCACCACACGCCUGCUGCGUCAAGACCAACCCGACGCCUUCAUCCGCCAACUCAAACAGGAAGAGAAAGAGACACGGUCCCAUGACCUUUCUGCCACCCCUGGAGAAGACGCUGCUUCGACAUCCGCUCCGGCACCCGCACAACAACGCAAUGAGACUCCCUCAAUGGUCGACUUGAUGGACAGUGCCCUCGAUGGCACCAAGGGUGUCCCCAAUGUCGCCGAACACCGCACCUCUCGCUUCGCUACCCCUUCUGCUCAGGAGAAGCACCGUGUCAAGCCCAUGGACUCUAUGGAAGACUUCCUUACGAGUCUGAGACCCUCCAACAGAUCGUCAAACUCCAUAAACAGCCUCUACAGGCCAGAGAUUAGACCUGUCAGGGACCUAGACUUCACUCCUGGCCCUACUCUCGGCAAGACCGUCCAAGUCAGAAACGGCGGCGACGUUGGCCGUGCUUUCCGUGAGGUCGAACAACUUUGCGGCAGAAACAGAGUCCGCCAGGAUUUCAACAAGCAGCGUUUCCACGAGCGUCCCGGUCUCAAGAGGAAGCGUCUACACUCUGAGCGCUGGAGAAAACGAUUCAAGGAGGCUUUCCGUGGUACUGUCAAGAUGGUCAACAAGAUGAGAAAGCAGGGUUGGUAG